CAUUAGUCAUCAAUUCGAUCAACACAAUAUAAUCCAACAAUCUCCAAAAUUCUUUAAGUAAAAAUGUGGAAGCUAAGGAUAGCUGAAGGGAAAGACCCACUACUCACCAGCACCAACAAUUUCAUCGGAAGACAACACUGGGAAUUCGAUCCCGACGCCGGAACGCCGGAGGAGAGAGCCCAAGUCGAAAUGCUACGUGCCGACUUCAAGAGGAAUAGAUUCAAAUUUCAGCAAAGUUCCGAUCUACUAAUGCGAUUGCAGUUUAAGAAGGAAAAUGAAUGUGGUCCGAUUCCGGCAGCCAUUAAGGUGAAAGAAGGAGAGAGUAUCACAGAAGAAGCAAUUACAAGUACACUUAGAAGGGCUAUCAUCUUCUACUCAUCGAUUCAGGCUAACGACGGCCACUGGCCCACAGAGUCAUCCGGCUCUUGUUAUUUUCUUCCAUCCUUUGUUAUAGCCUUGUAUGUAACAGGAGGACUGGACACUGUUCUAACCUCGGAACACCAGAAAGAGAUGAUUCGUUAUCUGUACAAUCACCAGAAUGAAGAUGGAGGUUGGGGGUUACACAUAGAGGGGCCUAGCACCAUGUUUGGUUCAGGAAUAAGUUACGUGACGUUGCGAUUGCUUGGGGAAGGCCCUGAAGAUGGAGAAGAUAUGGCCAUGGCUAAGGGUCGGAAGUGGAUUCUUGACCAUGGUGGUGUUACCGGCAUUCCUUCUUGGGGAAAAUUCUGGCUUGCUGUAGUGGGGGUAUACGAGUGGGAUGGUUGUAAUCCUUAUCCCCCAGAAUUAAUGCUUCUUCCCAAGCGUUUCCCUAUCCAUCCAGGUAAUUUUAUGUGCUAUAAUCGCCUCACUUUCGUUCCCAUGACGUAUUUAUAUGGGAGGAGGUUCGUUGGACCACUAACUGAAGUGGUUCUCUCUUUAAGACAAGAAAUCUAUACGCAACCUUACAACAAUAUUAACUGGAACAAUUUUCGCUUCGAGUGUGCUAAGGAAGAUAUAAAUUAUCCACCCAAUACAAUGCCCUAUUAUAUCUAUGGGUUUUAUCACCACAUUGUUGAGCCUGCCCUAAGAAUUUGGCCAUUUUCAAAGAUAAGAGAGAAAGCCCUCAAGGCGAUAAUGGACUAUAUUCAUUACGAGGAUGAAAGCACCAAUUACCUUUGUAUAGGCAAUGUACCAAAGGCUCUUUGCAUAAUUCCUUGUUGGGAUGAGGAACCCAAUUGUGAGGCAUUUAAAAGGCAUCUUGCUCGUAUCCCGGAUUACUUCUGGGUAGCAGAAGAUGGCAUGAAAAUUCAGAGCUUUGGAAGCCAAAUGUGGGAUUUAUCGUUUUCCGUCCGAGCACUUUUGUCCAGUAAUCUUGCAGAAGAAUAUUGGCCAACACUUAAGAAGGCACAUCAAUUUUUGAAUGCUUCUCAAAUUAGGAACAAUCCUCCUGGCAAUUUUGGUGCCAAGUAUCGACACAGCAACAAAGGGGCAUGGACAUUCUCAAUGCGAGACCAGGAUUUGCAAGUCUCAGAUUGCACAGCCGAAGGCCUAUUGGUUGCACUUAGGUUUUCGCAAAUGCCUACCGAACUCGUUGGUGAAAAAAUUGAGACACAACGUUUGUACGAUGCUGUGAAUGUUGUUUUGUCCCUACAGAAUGCUAAUGGAGGAUUUAACCCAUGGGAGCCAGUACGAGCACCUCGUUGGGUUGAGAAGCUCAAUGUUUUGGAGUUCUUAGAAGAUGUUAUCAUUGAGAGAGCGUAUGUGGAGUGCACUUCAUCUGCAAUUCAGGGUCUAUUGAUGUUCACAAAGUUACACCCUCAGCACAGAAAAAAUGAAAUAAAAAGUAGCAUCCAAAGAGCCAUAGAAUUUGUCGAAAAUGUUCAAAACCCCGAUGGAUCAUGGAUUGGUAGCUGGGGAAAUUGCUUCACAUAUGGAACAUGGUUUGGAGUGGAGGCAUUAGCCAGUUGUGGGAAGAAUUACAAGAAUAGUGUUGCAGUGCGCAAGGCUUUUCAGUUUUUGCUCUCAAAGCAGCUCCCUGAUGGGGGGUGGGGAGAGAGUUAUCUAUCUAGUGCAAAAAAGGUGUACACAAACCUUGAAGACAAUCGAUCACAUUUGGUUCAUACUUCUUGGGCUCUGUUAGCUCUUAUUGCAGCUGGCCAGGCAGAAAUAGAUCCAACACCGAUUCACCGAGGAAUCAGAGUAUUGAUAAAUUCACAGAUGGAUGAUGGAGACUUCCCUCAACAGGAAAUUUCGGGAGUAUUUAUGAAGCAUUGUGCGCUAAAUUAUUCAUCAUAUCGGAAUAUUUUUCCCAUAUGGGCACUGGGACAAUAUCGUCGACUUGUUCUAUUUGCAUAAUUGCCACUUAACAAAUGUUUCAAAUGCCCAUAUUCAACAAAUAAACUAUUGUUAUAUUUUAAUAGUAGAAAUAAA